AUGGCCUCGGAAGUACAAAUAUCAGAUGCUUGGAACAGAGCUCGAGAUCGAUAUGUCGAAGACCUCAAUGAAGAAGAACAGCAGAGGUAUUUCAGAGCUUCAGCACAGUCUCUUUUGGAUGAUGCUUGUGCCGCAGAGAAAUUUCACGGUACGAAAAGCACUACUCGCAGCGUAAUGGAGAAGCUUCAGCCUUUUGUUGCCGCUAUUGAACAAUAUGGCGGGGCGAUCGAUGUUUAUUCGAAUACUUAUGCUCUAGCUCUCGGUCCGAUCUGGGGUAGCAUCAAAGUCCUACUCCAUAUCGCACGUGAAUUUGGCAAAUACUUUGACAAGCUUGUUGAGAUGUUUGCAAGGAUCGGUGACGUCUUGCCACGCUUCAGAACUUAUGAAAGAUUGUUCUCGAACCAUGAGCGUCUGAUUCAAGCGCUCUCGGUAGCCUACCUAGACAUCAUCACUUUCUGCACCAAUGCAAAAAUGAUGCUGAUCUACGGUGUCGGAAAAAAAGCUUCGAAGGUGACAUUCAAGCUGUUAUGGAAACCGUUUGACCUGCAAUUUGGUCAGCAACUUAGUGCCUUUCGUGUUCAUCAGAAGAAUGUCGAAAAGGAAGCGGGGUUGGCGAACAUGAUCGAAGCCGCUGAUGCUAGAGCUCUGGUGCUUGCCGACCAGAAGCAGCUUGACAAGCAACGGCGAGAGGACAAUCGGCUCCGGAUUAUCGCCAUGCUCCACGCUGUCGACUAUGAAGCUAAACAUAGAAAGCUCCAGAUUUUACGUCAUGCUGGAACGGGUGAAUGGCUCUUUCGACAGGCCACAUAUUGUGAAUGGAUAACGCCAGGCAACUCCGCAUUUCUUUGCUGCCGUGGUAUACCCGGCUGUGGCAAAAGCAUCCUUGCAUCUAACCUGGUCGACAAUUUGAUGAACGGCGUCCUCGCUCCAGUAUGUCAACCCUCGGACGUCAUAUAUUAUUACUGUGAUUAUGCAGAUCAGAGAACCCUUCAGCUUGAUCGUAUCUUAGGAAGCCUUCUGAAGCAACUGCUCCUUAAUCAUCAGAUUCCAGAGUACAUUGAGUCGCAGCUUCUCCAAAUCUACGCUGGAGGAACCAAAUCACCCGCCGAGAACGCAUUGGGUGACAUCUUCUAUUCAGUAGUCGCAUUGCACCCCCAGAUUUACAUGGUCUUUGACGGACUCGAUGAAUGCGAGAAGACCGUUUGGCAGGCAAUGCUGAAAGUUUUUAAGGAUUUAUCAGCCAAUGGACAGUCUCAUGUCAAGACAUUCAUAACUUGUGUGGAAGAAGGUCCUGUUGCACAUCGUCUCCACGAUUCUCCGUGCGUCCAACUAUCCACUGCAGCUACAGCUGAAGACAUCAGGGCCUUUAUUACAUCAUCGGUCAGAUCGAAAGUCGAGAACGGAGAAUUGCGGAUUCGCAAUCUAAAUCUAGGACAAGACAUCAUUUCCGAGCUACUUCUAAGGGCAAAUGGAAUGUUUCUCUGGGUCUUCUUCCAACUACAUGAUCUUUGCGAAUCGUCCUCUGACGCUAUGAUUCGAGAAACACUAAGAAACCUGCCCGAAGGACUCGGCGAAACUUACAGGAGGAUCCUGAUCAAGAUUAGUGAAAGCCCCUCGAAAGCUAAACUGGCUCAAAAAGUGUUCAAGUGGGCUACAGUCGCGAAACGUCCUCUCAACGUUGAAGAACUCAAAGAAGCCGUUGCCAUUGAACCAGGCGACAAAAGCUGGGACGAAGCAAAAUUUCCACAUGAAGAUCUCAUGUUCGAGUCCUGCAGAGGCCUGAUCAUCAAAGAUGAGGACGACGGGACCGCGCAUUUUGCACAUCACACGGUCCGGCAAUAUCUUACGGGCGGACUGACCACCAAAGUUGAUCCCCUGUUUGAGAUCUCGGUGGCGGACGCAGAUCUUCUUGCUGGACAGGCGUGUGUUGCGUAUCUCACAUUCUCCGAUUUUGAAACUCAGAUCACGUCGACCACGCCCAUCGUUCGACUCGAACAAAAGGGUAUACUAGAAUCUGGUGGACCUUUGUGGAUCCCCAGUGUCCUUGGUAUUAGGAGAUCUAUGUUCAAUAUACCUUUCAGACUACUUCGGGGGGAUCCAGCCGUGCGACCCUCAGAUUCUGACUAUUGGAAGUACCUAAGACCAAAGCCUAAGUCGAAAAUUAAUCCCUCCACAGAUCUCAAAGAAAAGUAUCGACUCCUCUGCUACGCCAUAGAACACUGGGAACUGCACACCAGGUGGUCUCAAUCAUCAGAUUCCGGAUUCCGUUCUCGCCUCAAGAGCUUAGUCAAGCACAAGAUACUGGCUUUCGAUUUCCGGCCAUGGGGUUCUAAUCAACAUUUUGGUCCAUAUGGUUGUGUAGGAUGUCCAAGCCCAAGUGCGGAAAGUUUGGUCGCUAAAGAUCUGCCAUAUCUAUCCAUGAUCCACUACGCAGCCGAAGUGGGUAACCUCACGUUCUUAACAUCCCAUUACUUUACGGAAAUCGAGAUCGGCGAAUACAUCUACCACGAGAGGUACCAUAACGAAACGUUGUUGAUUGCUUGUCGUCACAACAGAACUGAAAUAGUUAAGUAUCUCAUAGAGCAAGAAAGGUACGAUAUUUCCGACGGAAGAGCUAUCACUACUGCUGCAGCUGCAGGGCACGUAGAUGUGCUGCAGUAUCUACUUAGCCUUGGUCAGUACUCAGCCCAGCAACAAGGCCACAUCGCUUUAUCCUUGGCCGCAAAAAACGGACAUGAGGCUGUUGUUGAAGUACUAGCAGUUGCCGGAGCCGAUCUCGACGCGUAUGAUAAGCAGACAGGUCGAAGUGUGGUCGAUUUAGCGGCCAUGAACGGCCAUGACUCCGUAAUACGGACCUUAAUGCAAAGAGGAGCCCAAAAAUCUACAGGCCAGGGAGGAUUGACCGCACUCCAUCUCGCUGCUACAAACGGUCACGCUGCGGCAACCCGAGCGUUGCUUGAGUCCGGUUUCCCGGAAGACAAGGCCGAUUCAAGUGGGCGAACUGCCCUACACCUAGCCGCAAAGUCAGGUCAUAGUGCGGUGGCUGAGGUUUUGCUUGAGAACGGUGCCAAUCCCUCAUUGGAAGCACUUGCAACCGUGCCCUCUGGCGACCGAUCCGGCGGGAUGCCAUUUCACCUGGCAGCGCAGGGCGGUCACGUCAAGGUCCUAGAACUCUUCAUGCAACACGUACCAUCGGUCGAUUUUCCCCGGACCAUUUCAGAAAAAACCGCUCUUCACUCCGCGGUAGCUGGUGGUCAAGAAAAGGCGAUCCGGUGGCUUAUCAAGAAUGGAGCUGACGUCAAUGCAAUAGAUUUGGUUGGCGACACACCUCUCAAUUGCGCUGCGAAUCUAGGAGACAUGACUGCAUUCCGUGUGUUGCUAGAGCAUGGGGCGAUGGAGGGUCUUUGGUUGAUACCACAUAAGCCCUAA